UCGUUGCAACAUAUUUCAGCUGCAUACCUUGAGUCGCUCGGUUUACUGUUUUAUUCGACACACAAAGUAAUACCAAUUAAAACAAAAAUGUUUAUUAAUAAACUCUGGCUAUUCGGGGAUCAGGAUGUGCAAGUUCCAGCACAUUUGAAUUUUGGUAAAUUCAUUUUAAAUCGAAUUCGACGUGUACCGGGCGAUAGAGUCGCUUUGGAAAAUGUAGAAACAGGUGAGAAAAUGACUUACAAGGAACUUGCGGAAUAUGCUGUAAAACUAUCUGUGGCACUCACUAACCUUGGAGUGAAGAAAGGUGACGUCGUAGCAUUGGGAUCUGAAAGACGCGUCCUGUUUGUUCCAACUGCUCUGGCCGUUGUUUUAAGUGGAGGAAGUUGUACUCCUUUCGACGUCGACACCGGACGAGCGCAUUUGGAGCAUAAACUGCAAAUAUCUCAGCCAACAUACUUUAUUUGCUCCAAACUGUUUUGGGAGACCAAUCGUGUAGUGUUGGAAAAAUGCAAAUCCAUAAAAACUUUCCUGACUUUGGACGAUUCACUAAAAUCCUUUACCUUUCUGAGGUCAUUGAUAUGCAACUUGCCAGAUUUUGAUGUAAAUCAGUUUGAACCAGUAGCAGUUAAAAGUCAAGUUGACGCGUUAUUUAUUAUGUACUCUUCUGGUACUACUGGUAUGCCCAAAGGAGUGGAAGUGGCACAUUUGACCUUUAUUAUUAACUGCCUGGGUAACGAUAUAAAAGACGAAUCGCUGGAAGUAGUUUAUAUAACUGCUGACUGGUUUCAUAGUUACGAUUUACAUUCCACCUUCAAUGCGCUCGGACUUGGUAAGAAAAUUGUAUAUACGAAUGAAGUAACACUAGAAACAGUUACAAAAACAUUUCGAAAACAUAAGGUGAACUUAGCAUAUUUAUAUCCACCCAUGAUCAACUGGUUGACCAAAAUGGAUGAACGAGAGCUGCAUAAUAUUGACUCUUUAAAAGUUGUAUGCUGUGGAGGAUCAGCGUUACAGAAAGAAACGUUGAAAAAGUUAAAACAAAGGAUACCUUCGAUAAAAGAGGUGUUGCAAUGCUACGGUAUGACGGAAGUUGGUGAAUUGACGUCAGAAGCCAGGGCUGCUAAGGGUUCGAGAGCAGGCAGCGUCGGCGGGGUGGCACCCGGAGUUACUUUGAAGGUGGUGGAUGUAAAAACGGGUGAAACUCUAGGCCCGAACCAACAUGGGGAAAUUUAUAUCAAGAGUUUUGGAUUCAUGAAGGGGUACAUUGGAGUCGAUCCAUCUACGUACAUUGUUGAUGAAGGCUUCUUCAGGACUGGAGACCUGGGAUACUAUGAUGAAGACGGAUACGUCUACAUUAUGGGUAGACUGAAAGAAAUCAUUAUUUACGAUGGCUAUAAUGUGUCUCCACUGGAAUUGGAGACGAUACUCCAACUGCAUCCUGAAGUGCGCGAGGCGGGUGUGGUGGGGACGCCAGUGCCGGACUACGGAGAGCUGCCCACGGCCUUCGUCGUCAGGCAGCCGGGCUCCACUAUCACUGAACAACAACUGCAUGAAUUCGUUAAUGUCGAGGUAGCACCGCACAUGCAGCUGAGGGGCGGAAUCAAAUUCAUUGAUAAACUACCGAGAAGUGCUAUUGGCAAACUGUCGCGUCGACAUCUUAGAGAAAUGCUUAAGGUAAUGUAAUUUGGUUUUUUAAUCCUUCGUUUGCUUUCCGGCAACAAUCAAUAAUUAUUACUUAAUUAGCAGUGUCUUU